AUGAACACAAUGAGGAAGCUAUUUGCCUUGCUCGCCGUACUCGCCAUGUCCAUGGUCUCCCCAGUAGCAGAAGCAGGGAAACUUGGCUACGGCGGCACUGGUUACGGAGGCCUAGGAUACGGUGGCCUAGGAUACGGUGGCGGCCUAGGUGGUGGCCUAGGUGGCGGCCUAGGUGGUGGCUUGGGUGGUGUCGGCGGCGGUGUAGGCGGUGUAGGCGUCGGCAGCAGUGUUGCUCUUCUUAGCGGCGGGCCUGCCUUUGCCAAGGCCGUGGCCGGACCAGCGUUCGUGGUGAGGACGGUUCACCACGUCAACAAAGUCAGCGGUGGAGGAGCUCUUGUUGCCCACUCUGGCCUCGGAAGCGGAUACGGAGGCUACGGAGGCUAUGGAGGAUACGGAGGUUACGGAGGCUAUGGAGGUUACGGAGGUGGCUAUGGUGGAUAUGGUGGCGGCUAUGGUGGCUACAAAGGUGGUUACAAAGGCUAA